CCAACAAAGACUUGAAAUGAGUUUCACCAAAGAUGUUUUCAUGUUUUUAGUGGCAGCUGUUUUCUUGUUUCAAGAUAUUGUCGGCCUGAUGUCUACCUCAUAUUUACAUAGAUACCCACGUGACCACGCAGACCUGUGGUCAACAGGACCGGAAGUGUUCAGCGAAGACAAAGUGCAAUGCGCCAUGUUCUGUCAGACGAACCAAACUGAGUGUCAGAGUUUCUCUUACGACCAGCUGACCGGGAAAUGUCAAAUAGGUCGUUGUGUAAUUCCGUGGCCUAACAGCACAAGUUCUUCCAUACAGUUCUAUCAGGUGCAGCAGCCGUUAUGCGAGAGUACCCCAGGCUUCAAGAUGUUCACUUUUGGCAACAUCAGCGCCUGCCUCUGGCUGUCUUCCUCAUUUAAAAACUUCACAGAUGCAAAAGCUCAUUGUCAAGGUAUGAAAUCAACUCUUGCGUCAGUGAAAAGUGUGGAAAAGCUUCAACUUCUAAUUAGUAGCCGAAAUCAAGAUGCAUACAUCGGACUUGAUGACCUGGUCAAGACAGGGACAUUUGUAUGGCACGAUGAUGGCACUGUGUUACGAAGUGAACUGAUGCCUCAAAUAUUUGCUUAUGAUGAGCCCAGCUUUGGCGUCACUCCAGAGAACUGCGUCAUGUACACCAAAAGCCAGCUCGCCCUGAACAAUGUCGUCUGCUCUCGAGCACAUUAUUACGUCUGUGAAAAACAAUGUUUCCAGUUUUAAUUCAUUGUGUUGC